AACAACAACAAGUCAUCUGUUAUCAUGACUAUAUUGUCUUUUUUUGACACAGGUCCUGUUGUCUCAGAAAUUUUCACAACACAGAAAUGCAUGUUAAACUUGGGUUGGAUUUUACAUACACGGAUUAAGCAGUUUUUUCUUCUUACAAUUUACGUUUUUGAUCCAUCACAGAGACAUUCUGGGGGAUUUCUGUACCAAACGCCACAAAUUUGCAAACCGAACAACCAGGACUGCCCCGGCCAAACAGAGAUGUGCGCCAUAUCAGGGUUUCUUAAAAUUGGAAAUAUUUGUUAUCCUGUGGGUGAAAUGACAUGUAGGCAACCAGACCCCAUCAUGAGCAAAAUGAUGUGUGGGCAAACGGACUCUUUCGUGGGUGAAAUGAACUGGAUACCAAUUUGAAAAAUUGUC